UAGAUAGUUCAGGAAAGAAAAAACUGUUAAUGAGUAAUCUUCGUCCACUGCAGUAUUGAGUCAAUGAAGAGGAGAGAAGUAAGCUAAAGUGAUCGUUUUAUCCUGCAAUAGUAAGAAACAAAACAAAAAUGUUCAGUUCAGGAGUUUCAGCUGAUGCAAAACUGCUGAUUCUACGAACAGACUAGAGCAAGAUAUCAGGUGUUUCGUCACUACUUGAGUUAUUGCAAAUCUCACAUUAAAGAUUCUAUGGCAUCGGAGAUGAACCUAGUCAAGCAUCCCCAGCUAUCUUCAGCAGAUGGAUUUUCUCUUUCUGAAGGUCCUAAUUUAUUUGACCAGUCUUCUCCAUCCUGGUGUCCUCCAGACGUAUUGGACUACAACUGUCAUCCUACCCCAAUCAACAUAGGUAUACAACCGGAUCCCAUGAUUUCUGCAGCAAAAGAUUCUGAUGCGUCAUCCUACUCACAGUACAACACUAUGCACUUUUGCCCGGCGCAACCUCCAAUCUCUUUACCACCUUAUUACUCAGGUUUUAGUCUUUAUCCUCAACAGUCUGAAGAAUGGUACUCCCCUGUAAUGUAUGAGCUUGGAAAAAUGCCCUCUGAUAACUUACAUACCAAGGAGACAGUCCUGGUAGACAUUCCUGUAGCCAAGAAGUCUCAGAUGAGUCUAUUCUCUGGAAGAACAAAAGAUAAGGAGCUGUGUGUUGUCUGUGGUGACAAGGCCUCUGGGUACCAUUAUAAUGCCCUGACUUGUGAAGGCUGCAAAGGUUUCUUCAGAAGGAGUAUCACUAAAAAUGCUGAAUACAAGUGUAAAAAUGGAGGAAACUGUGAGAUGGACAUGUAUAUGAGGAGAAAGUGUCAGAAGUGCCGUCUACAAAAGUGCAAGGCAGCAGGAAUGCUGGCUGAGUGUUUGUUAACUGAAAUACAAUGCAAGUCAAAACGACUAAGAAAAAGUACAUUACAGCCUGUAGAUGAGACAACUAGUGAAGAUCCCAAGGGACUAGACCUGAAGCAAGUAUCAUCUACAACUAAAUUCUAUAAGGAGAAACUAAAAUUAAGCUCGGAACAACAGAAUCUUCUUCAUUAUAUAAUGGAAUCCUAUAAUAAACAGCGGAUUCCUCCGGAGGUUACCAAAAAGCUUUUACAAGAGGAAUUCAGCGCAGAAGAAAAUUUUCUCAUUUUAACAGAAAUGGCCACUAGUCAUGUUAAAGUCCUUGUGGAGUUCACUAAAAGAUUACCAGGUUUUCAAACCCUGGACCAUGAAGAUCAAAUUGCUUUGUUAAAGGGUUCAGCAGUAGAAGCUAUGUUCCUUCGAUCAGCUGAAAUCUUUAACAGGAAACUUCCUAGAGGACAUGCUGAUCUCUUAGAAGAAAGAAUUCGCAACAGUGGUAUCUCAGAUGAAUACAUAACGCCUAUGUUCCAUUUCUAUAAAAGUACUGGGGAACUCAAGAUGACACAAGAAGAAUAUGCUCUGCUUACAGCAAUAGUUAUCUUAUCACCAGAUCGGCCAUACAUCAAGGAUAGAGAGUCUGUUGAACGGCUUCAAGAGCCUCUGCUUGAAGUUCUGCAAAAAUUCUGCAAGCUUCGUCACACAGAUAAUCCUCAACAGUUUGCAUGUCUCCUUGGUCGCCUUACAGAACUGCGGACUUUUAAUCACCAUCAUGCAGAUAUGCUGAUGUCGUGGCGAGUUAACAAUCACAAAUUUACACCUCUUCUUUGUGAAAUAUGGGAUGUGCAGUGAUAAGACUGGAUUUUAUUGCAUCCUAAACACAGGUACCUGGGACAAUAGAAGUGACUCCAUAAUAUCAGUGUAUUCAGCUUCAGAGUCUUUGUAUUAAAUAUUUUCUUAAAGCACUUAAAAGAAUCCACAGUAAAUCAUCUUCACUGGAGUUUACAUUUGUGACUGUUUACUAAACUUUAUAUAAAAGAUUUUCACAUAGAGUAACUGUGCUGGUUCUUAAGUUCCUUGAAACAAGUGAACUUUUGUUUGCCGGAAGCAAGUUCCUGUUCUUUCUUUUGAAAUUAAAUUAAAAAUAAAGAAAUUAUUACAAUUACUUCUUUUUAAAAUUAUUAGAUCAUUUCCACCUUUGUUCAUCACAAACCACUCCUUCUAAAUUAAUAGAUUGUGGGCUUUUUCACACAGCCAAGCUGAAGUGCUAUCUAUCAAUCAUAAACUAUCGAAAACUAUACUGGUAUAAAAUGUGCAAUCUAUCCUGCCAUAGAUAAAAUGCUGGCAAAUGCUGCUGUCCUUAUGUGCAGGACAUAUUAAAGACAGAAAUUGGUGGAUUCCCUGGCUUUGCUUCCCUCCCUUCUCACCAAAUAUCACCAACUCAUGGGAAAACUAUCCACCAAUCAUUCUCCUUAAUGUAGGAUAAGGCUGGGAAGGAUGGCUAGAUAGGUGGCAUUAGCCAUCUUUCAAAUCUUGCUCCAGUUUUGCACAAGUACAUUCAGAGAAAGCCUGACUAUUAGCUGAUAGGGUACUUUUGGACACUGAUUCAGCACUAUUUAGAGUAGCUUCAUUCUGCUUAUACUACUGUUAUACAUGGGUUCAGCACUGUUCCAGAAGACCAGAAAACCCAUAUUCAAAAUUAGGUUGAACAGUAGGUGAGAGGUACAGGGCCAUUUGUAUUGUGAAACAGUAGACAGCAAACUCUACAUUUCCUGCAUCACUAAGCAGUUUCACACUCACAGACAUACAUUGUUUCAGACCUCCAAAUUGGGAAUUGGCUCAGAAACCUAGUGGCCACAGGGCAGGAACACAAUCUGAAAGAAUCAGAAUCUCCUAUUCUCCUCAGAGAAGAAUUACCAUGGAAGGCAGUGCCCAGACUGGAAAAUGACAGUUUUUCUGUGAAUAUAAAAAUAGCUUUGAAGGGAAUGCAGAUCUAGUUGCCCAUCAAAGGAAGUACCAUAAUAUGCCAACUCUUUGAUGACUCAAAUCUGUUAUUUUUAGGCAGAAGAAAAAGAAAACAAUUGAAUAUGGUGCUGGAAUUAUUGUAAUAGAACUAAUAAGUAACUUUACUUGAAGUUAAGUGACUUAUCAAUUCUAUCUCUACUGUUGAGACUCCCAGGUUGACUUUAGGCAAGGUACCAUCUUUUGGUCUACUUUACAGGGCUACUGUGCUGGAGGAAACUGAAGUAGAAAAUGCUCCAUGCCUGUGUUUGUGAAGGAUAUGUGGGAUAAAAAUCAAAUGAGUGAGUGAGUGAGUGAGUGAGUGAGUGAGUAAAUAAAUAAAUAAAUAAAUAAAUAAGGAUCAUCUUUCUGAAGAAGGGCCUCAAACUUGCUGCUCAUUCCGUAGAGAAUAAAAUAGAGAAUCCAUUUAUCUGGUUCAUAUACUGUGCAAGCCUGUGCUAUACCGCGCCAAUUGUGGCUUAUUAAACAUGGCCUAAAAACCAAAUUCCUAAACUAGGCACUACCAUAUCCAGGCUGCAGAAAUCCAGACAAAUGCCAGCAAAGAGAUGUGGAAAACUCCAGUGUCCAAUUUUGCAGGCCAGAUCUUGUAUGCCCAACUAAGCCAAACCAAUAAUCCUAUUUACUAAAAGAAAGAUAAGAUCAAAUUUAACCUGAUCCCAAAACGAAUAUGUAGGGGGAAAAAAAAAAGACAGACCACCCACACAAUGCCCACCUUCCCCACUUGGUUAAUCUACGUCUACCAACUCUAGCUGAAAUCAGUCCUACAGAUAUGCUCCCACCCAGA